UGCGCGGCCCAGCCUGCCCCGCGGUCACCGCGUGCUACUGUGGGGGGCUUCCGGACCCAAAGACUGGGCCGGGGGUCCGCGAGGGUGGCGGGCCCCGGAGCUCGACCAGCCCACCUCAAGAUUAGAACUAUAAAGAAAACCUGAUGUGGCCUUUCUGGUUUGUCCCAAGCCGAUUAUUUUCCCAGAUGUAUUGUGGCCUGAAGCCUCCAGCCUCCACACAAAUCAAGAUUUGCCUGACAAUGGCUCGUCCAAGUUCAAGUAUGGCCGAUUUUCGGACAUUUUUUGCAAAAGCAAAGCACAUAGUCAUCAUUUCAGGGGCUGGUGUUAGUGCCGAAAGCGGGGUUCCGACCUUCAGAGGAGCCGGAGGUUAUUGGAGAAAAUGGCAGGCUCAGGACCUGGCGACCCCACAGGCCUUUGCCCACAACCCAUCUCGCGUGUGGGAGUUCUACCACUACCGGCGCGAGGUUGUGCGCACCAAGGAGCCCAAUCCUGGGCACCUCGCCAUUGCCGAGUGUGAGGCCCGGCUAGGCAAACAGGGCCGACGGGUCAUGGUCAUCACCCAGAAUAUUGAUGAGUUGCACCGCAAGGCUGGCACCAAGAACCUUCUGGAAAUCCAUGGUAGCUUAUUUAAAACUCGAUGUACCUCUUGUGGAGUUGUGGCCGAAAAUUACAAGAGUCCAAUUUGUCCAGCUUUAUCAGGAAAAGGUGCUCCAGAACCUGAAACUCAAGAAGCCAGAAUCCCCGUUGAGAAACUUCCCCGGUGCGAAGAGGAAGGGUGCGGAGGCUUGCUGCGACCUCAUGUUGUGUGGUUUGGAGAAAACCUGGAUCCUGCCAUUCUGGAGGAGGUUGACCGAGAGCUCACCCUCUGUGAUUUAUGUCUAGUGGUGGGCACUUCCUCUGUGGUGUACCCAGCUGCCAUGUUUGCCCCCCAGGCGUCUGCCAGGGGAGUGCCAGUGGCCGAGUUUAACAUGGAGACCACCCCUGCCACAAACAGAUUCAGGUUUCAUUUCCAGGGACCCUGUGGUACAACUCUUCCUGAAGCGCUUGCCCCUCAUGAAAAUGAAACUGUUUCUUAAGUCUCCUAGGAAAGAGAAAAUAUAGUAUGUCUAAGAACUGGACCACACACAGGAUAAACUGUCUUGUGGGCAGUGAGUGAACUAUUGGACCAUCUAAAAAUAUCCCCUGAUUCCCUGGCAGGAAUCCAAGCUGUUGGUAAAUGGUGGGAAACUUAGAGGUUGCAAGAGCAAAUGUAUUUAAGAAGUCAAGAUGACUGUGGGAUAUGGUGGCUCGUGCCUAUAAUCCUAGCACUCUGGGAGGCCGAACUGGGUGGAGCUCAGGAGUUUGAGACCAGCCCCGGCAAGAGGAAGACCCUAUGUCUACUAAAAGUAGAAAAAAACUAGCUGAGCUUUGUGGAAGCGCCUGUCAGUCAUCCCAGCUACUCAGGAGGCUUGAGGCAAGAGGAACUCUUGAGCCCAAGGGUUUGAGGUUGCCGUGAGCCAUAGCACCACAGCAUUCUACCCAGGGUGACAGAGUGAGACUCUGUCACAAAAAAAAAAAAGGCAAACAAAAAGAAGCUAGAGAACUGUGAAGUGAAUUCAUGCUGUCUGAUUGAACUGAAGCAUAAGAUACCUUUGAUGUAUUUGGUUGGUUAUUGGGAGGGAACAAAUGUUCUAAUUGUCUAAAAGAUGUAAUUUUCCUGAUUCUAUUUUUGCCAAAGAUAGAAAUAAAGGG